CAGCUCUGCCUCUGCAGCUGGGGCAGAGCAGCUGGGAGCUGGGGCAGGCUGGGCAGAGCAGAGGAGGAAUGGCAGGAAUGUGCCGUGUGGGAUGGGCACUGCCCUCCCAGAGGAGGCACAGUGCAGAAAAGGAGGCUCGGGGGGGACCUUGUGGCUCUGCACAGCUCCUGCCAGGAGGGGACAGCCGGGGGGCUGCUCCCAGGGACAGGAGGAGAGGAAAUGGUCCCAAACUGCGCCAGGGAGGGUUUGGGUUGGAUAUCAGGGAAAACUUCUCCAUGGAAAGGCUUGGCACAGCCCGUCCAGGGCACGGUGGAGUCCCCAUUUGUAAGACAUAGAUGUGGCACUUAGGGACACGGGUUAGGGGUGGCCUUGGCACUGUUAGGUGUGCGGCCAGACCUGAUGCCCUUAAAGGCCUUUCCCAAGCUAACUGAUGCAGUGACUCCCUCCCAAGCCCUCCCCUGAGCCCGUGCCACCACCCCCGCCGUGCCAGUGCCCUCUCAAAGGGCACAUUGUGCAUUGUGGCCGUGCCCAGCCGCCGUGCCGGGCGGGCAGCGAGCAGCCCUGCCUCUGCCAGCCCUGUGCCAGCCCUGUGCCAGCCCACCGCUGCUGUCACCGCGCACAUGGGCUGCUGCCUGGGGACCCCCUGGCACCAGGAGCUGGCGCUGGGAUGCACAGGUGAGGAGUGUGAGUCCUGCUGGCCCCGCCAUCCCGAGCUCCUGCCCCGCGGGGACAGCCUGCACCGCCGGGGACAAUGGUGGAGGGACACGAGCACGGCGCCAGGGACCCAGCCACAGGACAUGGCAUCAGGGAUCCAUCUCCAGGGAAUGGCAUCAGGCAAGGCUGGGCUGACAGAGCGGAGCAGCCCCGCUCCCGAGGCAGGACACGGCUCCCCGGAGCCCUCGGUGCUGCUGCUGGCUCUCAGGGACAGCUUUCCCCCAGAGCUCUGGCUCUCCUUCUCCGUGGAGAGCCGCUCCUGCCGGCGCCGCAAUGCCCAGCUCCAGGAGGCUGCCAGGAAGAAGCUGUGGGCUCUGGAGAGCGAUGACAGAAGUGUCUGUGCCCUCUUCAAGGAGAUGUCAGCCAGGCUGGUCUGCACGCAGGCACACGAGGAUCGCUUCCUCCUCACCUUCAAAACCCUGGAGGAGGUCUGGAAGUUUUCCACCUAUCUGACUUUAGGGUACGUGGGGACCUGCCUGGAGCAGCUGCUCUUUGCCCAGGAGUUCUGGCUAGACUGUGCCCUGGUGGAGGACACAGAGCUCAGGGUCACCGUGGAUGAGGAGCACCUGGCCACCAUCUACAUGGAUCUGCUCCUCCAGGAAGGGAACUUCUUCUGCAGGGCAGUGCCGGGUGUCUGCAAGUUGGAGCAGGAGGAGGAGGAGGGUCUGCAGCUCUGCAGGAAUGAGCUGAUCCAUGUGAAGAGUCCUGGACAGGACUCCAAAUGGGAAGGGAUGUCGCUGCUGACGGGACAGCGAGGCGUGGUGCCCGUGACUGCUCUGGAGCCAAUACCUCACCCCUUUUACCAGUGGUUCCUGAGGAGUUAUGCUGUGAGCUUUGGCCUCUCCCAGGAGAUCGGCGGGACGAGCUCUCGGGCCAUUGUCAGAGGCAGGUGCAUCGCCACCAAGGACCACAGAGGAGCAGCGUGGGAUGAGCUGAGCUUCUCCAAAGGAGACCCCAUAGAAAUCAUUGGCUUCUUCAUCCCGGGGCUGCCCUGGUUUGUGGGCAAAUCCCUCAGCACCAGGAGCAUCGGCUUCGUUCCCACCCGACACGUAAAUCCCGAGGCCUGCGAACCUCUGGGAAAGGGCUUUGUGUUUCUGAGCGAAGAGGAGAAGUCCCCAGUGCUGCACAUCCCCUGCAAUGGUGACGAGCAGCACUUUGCCACCCUCCUGGGGGACCUGGCGCACACUGACAUCACCUCUGUGUACAGGCUGGCUGGGUUUGAACCCACGGCCGUGUUCCCACAAGUGCCACCAGAGGCUGCUGUCCAUGGCAGUAAGGAAAUCCAGGUGCUCCAGUCUUGGGAGGAAAUCAAUGACUGGGCUACCAGCAGCACCUCAGAGCUGUCCAGCCCCGGCAGUGAAACAGCCCCUGCCACACUGGAAGAUGUUCUCCUGGAGAAGCUGGACGACUUGGAUUAUCCCAAAUUCUUCAUCGACCUCGACACUGGCCACAUUGAGGACGCUGAUGUCUUUGACCCCAUAUUGACCUUCCUCAACCAAGACAGUUUCGUGCCCAGUUUUCAAAGCUUUUAUGAUCUCAGCUUUUCCUUUCUCCACUCCACUUUUUACGGUUUCUCUGAUGAGGAUGAACUGGUCCUGUACCUCGAGACUUCCCGGAACUGGGCCAAGAGGACUCGUUCAGUUUGGGCUCACGUCAGGCUCUGUUUCCUCUUGGGUAAGCUCUGUAUCAAAAAGGUCAAGUUCUCCCAGGCCCGGGUGUACUUUGAGGAAGCCAUGAGUGUCCUGGACAGGGGCUUUGGGGACCUGCCCCUGCUGGCAGCGCUGCACGGGAGCCUCGCCUCCAUCUACCUGAAGCAGAACAUGAAGCACAAGUUCUCCUCCCUGCUGGGGAAGACGGUGACCCUGCUGGUGUGCCUGCCUGGCCGCUCCUUCAGCUCGGAGAACGAGCUGGAGCUCCUCACCUACAUCCUGAGGGAAUCCAUUGCCGUGGGCAACGCUCCACUGGAGGCCCGUAUCUGCUUCCUCAUCGUCAAGCUCUUCCUGCAGCUGGGCAGAACCGAGGAGGUGCUGCCCUUCUUGGAGCAUCUCCAGUGCCUCAGCACCACCUGGCUCAGCCCAGGCACCCGUGCCGGGCCCCUGGAUGCCGCCGCCACCUUGGGCUACCUCUACGACAAGAAGUGCCUGCCGAACCUCGCGCUGGCCUCCGUCAGGUCCUUUGUUCCCAGCGGCACCAAGGGGACGCCGACCCCCAUCUGGCGAGCUGGCUUCAUCCUCCAAAACGCUUCCAAACUGCUGGGGAAACAGCAGCUGGACAGGAGCAGCAUCCCAGCAGUGGCCUGUCCGUACCUCAGGCAAGCGCUGCAGUUCUGCUGCGAGAGCAGGGCCGUGCCCAUGCAGAGGACGCUGUGCGCCAUCCUGGCCAGGACCCACCUCCAGCACGGGCUGCUGGACGGGGCUGUCCCUUACGCAGCCAGGGCUGCAGCCCUGGCCAGACUGCUGGGGGAGGAGGAAGCUUUUGAGUCCUCGCUGUGCUUGGGGUGGCUGUACGUCCUGCAGCGGCGGCCGGGCCCAGCCGGGCGCGUCCUGCGGCAGCUGCGGCGCUGGCUGCGCGGCGCGGCCCGCCAGGCCCCGCGCGGGGCCGUGCACAACCUGCUGGCCAUGGCCCUCGGCGCCCAGGGCCGCGUCCAGGAGGCCGCAGAGAACUUCCUGAGGGCCCUGCACAAGGCCAAGGAGGCGGGCAGCAGGAGGAACCAGGCCGUGUCCCUGGCGAACCUGGGCCAGCUGAGCCUGUCGUGCGGGGCGGCCCAGCUGGCCGAGCUCUACCUGCUGUGGUCGGUGCGGCUCUACGCCGAGCUCCAGGGCCACCGAGAGCUGGACACGGAGCUGGCACAGGUGCUGCUGUGGCUGGCACAGGCCAUGGUGGACAGGCAGAGGGUGGAAGAUGCCAAAGUGUGCUAUGAACUGGCGCUGGGGUUUGCCCUGAAGUGGCAGAACCUGAGGGGUCAGCUGUGUGCCACGGAGCGUCUGUGCCAUUUCUACAGCAGAGAGUGCCCCGACCUGCAGGCCUGCAUCACCUACCACGAGCACCGGGCAUCCCUGGCACGGCAGCUGCAGGACCGGGAGCUGGAGGCCAGUGCCAGGCAGGCCCUCAGCCAGCUCUACCAGGCUUUGGGCACACCUGAGGCUUUGAGACAAUCCCUGGACUGCACCAAGCAGAGCCUGAGGAUCUUCAUCGACCUCGAGGAGGCUGUGAAGGCAGCAGAGGCCUGGCUGCAGGCAGGAAAACUCUACUAUCUGCUGCAGGAGGAUGAGCUGGUGGAAAUGUACUUCCAGGCAGCCAUCCAGACUGCUCUGAAAGGGGACAACUUCUCCUUGGCCAUGGACCUUUAUGAGAAAGCAGGUGACACCUUCUUCAAUGGCAGCAGGAACAGGGCCCGGGCAGUGGAGUUUUACAGGGGAGGAGCUGUGCCCUUGGCCAGGAAACUCAAGGCCACCCAGACAGAGCUGAGGCUGUUCAACAAACUGGCAGAGCUGCAGAUCAGCCUGCAGGGCUACGAGAAGGCUCUGGAGUUUGCCACGCUGGCAGCCAGGCUCAGCCUCAGGGUCGGGGAUCAGCUGCAGGAGCUGGUGGCCUUCCACCGCCUGGCCACAGCCUAUGACUUGCUGCACAUGCACGAGAUGGCCGAGGAUUGCUACCUGAAGACCCUGGCCAUGCGUCCCCCCAUGCUGCAGAGCUCGGCAGAGGCCCUGUACUACUGCAAGGCCUACUGGCACCUGGGCAACCUGGCCCUGCACAAGCUGAAGGAUGAACAGGACGCAGCCUCCUACUUCCUGCUGGCCCUGGCCGCAGCCGCCGAGCUGGGAGACCGGGAGCUGCAAGCCCUGCUCCGUGCCAAGCUGGGUGCCAUCCCCGGAGCCCCAGGGGGACCUGAGGGCACGCCAGGCUGUGCCACGGACCAGCCCCGGUGGCUGAGCGAGGGUGGCCACGCGGUGUGACCCGUGUGCCACCCUGGGGACACCAGUGGAGCCGUCCAGCAGCGCCGUGCGAGGUCCGCGUGCCCUCCAGGAGACUGCUGCACCACGUCCUGAGGGGCUGGAAGGGUUUGGGCUCCUCCUCCCAAGCACUUGGGACCGUGCCCUGGUUUCUCAGGAGCAGGGCUGUGCCCAGAGCGGAGGUGGCACAGCCAGGGCAGGGUGAGGCCCCAGCAGUGGUGCUGGAGCUGGGGGUGCAGCAGGGCUGAGCUCCUGGGGGGGUUCAGGAGUGCCCUGCUCACUGGGGAGUGCUGCCAUGUGCCUGUCCCCACAGCUUCCCCACACCCUGGAGCAGCUCAGCCCGACCCAAACGUGUUUGGAAUAGCAACUCCUUUAUUUACACCUGGUUUUUAUCCUCAUCUGCUCCACGAGGUGUGUGGUGACAUCUCUGCCAAGCCUGCAGAAAGCACCACCAAAGCUUUUGGCAGUGAGGGACAGAAUCAGGGAAGUGAGGAGGAAUAAAGGGGCUGGUCCAGCCUCAUCUGGGGGCAGAAAAAAACUGCUCAGAGGGAGGCAGAGCCCACCCUGAGCCCAGCCCUGCCACCCAAGCUCCGGCUCUGGAGCAGGAGCCCAGGAAAGGAGCACAGGGGGGCUGCUGGAGUCCCCAUCCCUGGAGGUGUCCAAACGCAGAUGUGGCACCU